AUGCCAAACUUUCCCUACUUUACCUCUUCAUUGGCCACGGGGGUUAUCUGGAAACCACUUAACGCGCUCGACGCGUUUGAGUCCGUCGCGUUGCCUCCCUUGCCCCCCUUUUCCGUCGCCUUCGCCGUGGCCCCUUUUGCCGUCGCCGUCGCCGUCGCCCGCCUUGCCCUCGCCGUCCCAGCUGACUCGCCAGCUGCUGCCCUCAUUAAGGCACUCGACGACUCUUCGGAAGCCCUCGUCACGAGGCAUCGGAAGUCCUGA